UCGCAGCAAGAUCCACUGUAAGACAAUGGCGAUUUUCCAAUCUUCAGGAUCCAUUUUUGUUAGCGCUCUUUUGGUCGGUACUCUGGCGUUGUUGGUUUGCAAUAACAGUUCGUGUGCUGAUGAGGUACCGGCGUUCUUUUUAAAAAUCGCGAAGAACAUGCCACGUCUUGGUCGUAGUGACAGUUACGACGAUUACUUGAAAUCUCGAAAAAAUCUUCUGAAACCUGGAGACGGUAGCAGCAGUGCAAAGCUUGAGCCUUGGCCAACAUAUAGUAACGACGAAUCCUUUUCAAGGCCUAACAAAAGACGCGUAGACUAUGACGCCAUUAAUGAUGAGUGGGCUUGGCAACAUUUUCCUCUUGCAAUAGAAGGGCCCCGAGAACUCUGGCGAACCUUGGCUGGAUAUUCGAAGGACACGUCAGACGACAUCGACAAUGGCAUAUGGAAACGGAAGAAGAGGACGGGAAGUGAACCUGGAAUUCUGGAGAAUUAGCUUAAACGGCACAGUGAAGUGCUUAUAAAAAUUAUGGAUGAAUAUAUUUAAUGUUGUACUGUUCGUGGUGUAAGGUGUUGGGAAAAAUAUAAAGUAAAUAUGUAAAUAGAA